ACGCUCUCCAUUGCCUAUUUAUUUUCCAAAGCCAAGAGUCAGAUUAUCAAAGCACGCACCGAGAAAACUAGCCAGCAAAUAUCAUCAUCCUCUAUUAUUGUAACCACAUUUCCAGCUAUUUUCUAUUCAUCUCUCUCCCCGAUAUUUUCAUUCUCUCCAGUCUCCAAACAAAAAUGGCCGAUCAGCUCACCGAAGACCAGAUCUCCGAGUUCAAGGAAGCUUUCAGCCUAUUCGAUAAGGACGGCGAUGGUUGCAUCACUACUAAGGAGCUGGGGACUGUGAUGCGUUCGUUGGGUCAAAAUCCAACUGAGGCAGAGCUCCAGGACAUGAUAAAUGAGGUUGAUGCUGAUGGGAAUGGUACCAUUGACUUCCCAGAGUUCCUCAACCUCAUGGCCCGCAAGAUGAAGGAUACUGAUUCUGAGGAGGAGCUCAAGGAAGCUUUCAGAGUUUUUGAUAAGGACCAGAAUGGCUUCAUUUCUGCUGCCGAGCUGCGUCAUGUUAUGACAAAUCUCGGGGAGAAGCUGACAGAUGAGGAGGUUGAUGAGAUGAUCCGUGAGGCUGAUGUGGAUGGUGAUGGUCAGAUCAACUACGAGGAAUUUGUCAAAGUCAUGAUGGCCAAGUGAGGUUCACUCACCCAAAACCCAAAAUCUGAUGCAUAAAACGAAAAUGGGAAACGGGGCAGAUAAGUUUGAUGAGAAUUCCAUUUCCCCUUGUGACAUCUUCAUUUGGUGUCAUUGGCUUCAUUUGGGUUGUCUGUUCUGUUGUUUGCAUUGUUUUGUGGCACUUUUCCAUAAUGUCUACUUGUUUGCUCUGUUUCUUGUUCAGUAGCUUGGCGUGUUAGUAUCUUUUCAUUGGUGUUUGACAUUUUCUUUAUACUUUUGGUAUUAUGAACCUAGAUCAAUUGGGAGAAUUGGAUGUUUUUUGUCAUAUGGAUGACUGAUUUUGUUGAUAUUUCAAACUUCGAUGUCACUUUUCAUGUAUGUGGUGUUUUUGGACA